GGUCCGCGUCGCUGGCAAGUCCGCGCAAGAUGGCGGCAUUUCGGUACACUCACGCCGUGGUGUGUCGCAUCCCGCUCUCCCUCAGGACCCGCGGCGAGAUCGAGCUGGAGGAGGCCAAGAAGCAGCACGAGAACUACGUGCGGCUGCUGAGGGAGCUGGGGCUGGACGUGAUCGAGCUGCCCCCCGACGAGGCCCUGCCGGAGUGCGUCUUCGUGGAGGACACCGCCGUGGUGUGCAACGGCACGGCGCUCAUCACCAGACCUGGUGCGGCCCAUCGAGUCAAAGAAGUAGAAACAAUCAGAGUUGUCUUGAAAAAGGAAUUAGACUUGCCUAUAAUUGAAAUGUCUGACGCCAAAGCGAGGUUGGACGGAGGAGAUGUUUUAUUUACGGGUCGAGAAUUUUUCGUCGGCAUAUCCCAGUGGACGAACGAGGCUGGAGCCCGAGCGGUAGCUGCGGCUUUCCCCGAAUACCCUUGUACGCCCAUCAAGGUAAAACCAGAGACCUUAGUAUUGGGAGAUCUUAGUAAGGGCCUAGUAAAGGUACCAGAACCAAAACAUUUAAAAUCUUACGUGACGAUGGGUGGACCUGACCUGCUGUGCGUAGGAGCAGGGAAGGAAGCCCAAGAAGUCUUAAAACGGAUGGAAAGAGAGGCGACGUUCAGCUACCAAACCAUUACUCUACCCGAAGACGAGGCAGCAAAUGUUUUGUACUUGAAUGGAACCCUGGUCCACCGUAGUAUUGAAGAAAUACCUUCAUCGUUCAAGGUGUUUGGCGAAAAGAUAGACUACCCCAGGCGUUCGGUGAACAUCUCCCAACUAGCGCAAGCAUCGUGCGGACUGACCUCUAGUUGCAUAUUGGUUAGGAGGUCCCGACAUAUACGAAACCUUUAAGAUACCAAUCUAAAUCGCAAAAUGCCACCUCAGGUCUUCAGAAGUUGCUGUGAAAUCAAUAAAAAGAACAAGUAUUUAUAAAGUAUAUGUAACGUUGUGUUAGAAUCCCCGGAUCGGACGCACCUGGAGAUGUUCGUAUUGCAUAUUCCUUCUAGUACGGUGGUGACGAAAAAACCGUUUUGGUUUUAUAUCGUAAGAAGGAGCACUUAGCUUGAAAAAGCAAGGAAUCAAAGUUUAUUGCAUUAAUUUAAAUUGCAAACCACGUUUUACCAAGUUGCUUCGAGCAUUUUAUAUUAUAAUUAUAGAACUAUGGUUUGAAGAUCUGUGAUUUGGAUAGAAACUAGAACGCUGCAUUAGCCCAAGCACGCACUUGACCGAAACGUUCUCUCAUAUAAAUUGUAUAUUUUAAUACACUAGGAAAUUAAAGCAUAUUAAAAAAAUUGAAAUUGAAUUAAUAUAUAUUAACGAAUUGUACAGGUCUAAGAACAGUACCUUGUGGGACACCCGAUUUUAUAUACCCUUUUUAUAUCUGUAUUCAUUUCAACUUUCUGGAUGCGAUUUUUUAGCUAAUAUUUCAGUAAAACUCAUGACCAAAGCUUUAAUUAAUUCCAAAAAUACAUCAAGACAUUUUUUCCGAUUGUUAAUUAUUUUAUUAGUUCAAUGUAAUUCCUGGUCUAAUUUGUAAUAACCAAAUUGAUUAUUAAAUACAGUAUAUUCAUUUAAAAACUCGACCAACCUCGGUUUCAAACAUUUUCCAAAAGUUAUUUGAGAGAGAUAUGGACCUGUAGAUUGUAGUUUCAUUUCGGUCACAAUUUUGAAUAUCUAAUCGCUAUAGAUGAUUUCCAUGCAAUAUGAAUUACUAUUAUUGAAAAUAUUACAUUAAUAAUACGUUUUAAUGGUUUCAAAGGAAAUAACUGCUUUACGAGUAUUGUCUUUAAUUUUAUCAAUAAAUUCACUAUUAUUACUAUGGAAAAAGAGAUCGAUUGAAAUAAAUGAUCCGCUGUUACGGUCAAGUGUAUCACAUCGCUCAAAUCAAGGACUGUUGUUACAAAUACUAAGGUGCUGGGCAACAAAUAGCUUUUACCUUGUUCCGUUUAACUUUAACCACUGUAAUAAUACCCACAUCUUUAUAAUAAUUAGAUAAGUACAUUCAUUCCUACCAGGUUUUUUUAUGUAAGUGUCUUUAAAUGCGGUGCAUUUUCAGUUAUUAUUAUUCAUUCCUCAGAAAUAUUUUUCUAUUAAAGCAUUUUACGUAGAAGACUGCACAUAAAGAAAAUAGAAAUAUAAUUUUUUAUUAUCGUAUUGUAGAAAAACUAUGUUUUUAUUUAUGA